CCUGUGGCUUUGGGAAAUAAUUGGUCAGUAUUUAAUUAAAAUGUAUUUUAUGUUAGUUUGUUAGCUUUUGAAAUGUAAUUAUGGUGAUCUUGUACAACCUAAGUGUAGCGACACAUUUCCUGCCACAUCAUAAAACGGCUCACAAUUAGCCAGCAUUCCGGCUAAGGGAGAUAGCCUACGGGGGUUUGUGAGUACGCGUCUUUUGCAGCAUUUGCGUCCAUGGGGGCUGGGUUGAGGGAAGCUGAAAAGCAAGGCUGUUUAGUUCGAAUAAAGCUAUCUUUGACUGCAGUUUACUGACACCGCUACAACGUGUUUUUAUCGCUGGCUGUCCAGACGGAAGGUGCUGAAACGCUUUGUCGCGUGUCUGGAAGAAGUGAAAACUUUCCUGGGCAGCAAAGGGCUCACCUUUCCUGAGCUGGAACAGCCAGAGUGGCUGGAAAAGCUACACUUCAUGGUAGACAUGACAGCGCACCUGAACACGCUGAACACAGCUCUUCAGGGGAAAGGACGUACAGCCCUGCACAUGUUGGAGGAUGUUUUGGCAUUCGAGCGCAAGUUGACAGUGCUUGCCAGAGAUUUACAGAAAGGCACUUUGUCUCACUUCCCCAAUUUGAGAGAGUUCAAACAAGGUCACGACAUGAUAAUUUCGGAGUAUUUACAUUCUGCAAUCAUCGCAAUGCAAACAUCGUUUGGGAAACGCUUCUGUGAGUUCAGAGAGGAAAAAAACACAUUAUCCUUCCCGGUCACUCCCUUAAGCAUCGAUCCUUCCCUACUGAAUACGACUGCAUUGGCAGGUGUGAGUCAACCUGAUCUUGAGAUGGAACUGGCCGACAUAGCCGACAAAGACAUAUGGGUGUCCAAGUUUAGACGCUUGACAGCAGACCUUGAAGAUGUUGCCCGUCAGAAGGCCGUUCUUGCUCAGAAACACAAAUGGAGUGAUAUUGAAAACCUCACAGAUGACAGCUUGCGAUCCUGUGUAAAGAUGAAGGUGACAUCAUACAGCCCUGAUGUGCAGACGCUGUGCGCUGAGGUCCAGGAGCAGAAAUCCCAUUAACCAAGAUGACAGCUGGCUGACGUUAUUUUUGGUUUGCUGCUGGCGGAAAAUUUAAGUUCGGCGUUUUUCAUAAAUACAAGAAGGACUCAAAUAGACAUUGAAUAUUUUACUUAAAAGUAACUUUCAACCCAACGUCUUUUUUUCGGAGUUCAAAAUGUUUUUGUUGCAUGCAGAAAUGUAAUUUCGUUUUCUCUGCAGGA